AUGCCUUCAUCAUCUCACAACACUUCCGAGGGUUCGGAAAGUGCUAGCCAAGCUUCUGAGGCAGCUGCUCCAGGGUCUGGUUCACAUGAUAUUCCUAAUGAUGGGAGAGGGGGAGAAGAGUACCUUACAGAUGCAAAGGUAGAGCCCAUGCCAUUUGAUACAAAGGUAAAGCCGAAAGGUCCGUUUGCAUGGUACAAGCUGCAGGAUCCAAACAACUCGAAGAAGAAUCCUCAGCCUUCUACUACUUUCGGCCAAUUUGAUGUGCCUGUAGUAGUGGUUUCUCAUACAACUGAUAUUCCAUCUACAUCAGCUGAGUCCUCUACCAAUGUAGCAGUUGCUAUCCCCGAGUCGUCAUCUUCAGCUCCUUAUACAGUUCCUUCUACUUCUCAUAGGGCUGUCCUUACUCCGAUUCUGAAGCUGGUGCCUAUGCCUACAUGCACACUUUCUACUCUGCGAGCCGCCCCAGAUCUAUCUGCACAGGAUGAUCCAGCUAGCCAAUAUGAGGAUCCAUGCCUUGUCGUCGACACUACUGACGCAAUGCGUACAGUGUUCCACACUCUCGCCACUCCCAAAUAUGAUGAUGAUAUUCAGUUUUCUGAGCUAACAGAGAUUGAUGUUGCCGGGGACACAGAGAUUGGUGGUAGUAGUAGCGGUGGUAGUAGUAGCGGUGGUAGUAGUAGCGGUGGUAGUAGUAGCGGUGGUGGUAGUAGCGGUGGUGGUAGUAGUAGCGGUGGUGGUAGUAGUAGCGGUAGUAGUAGUAGCGGUAGUAGUAGUAGCGGUAGUAGUAGUAGCGGUAGUAGUCGUAGCGGUAGUAGUUGCUAUAGAUUGGAGGGAGGCUGGCUACUGAGGAAGAGAAAGAUCAUUUACAUGAGCGUUUCCCACUCAAUGCCCAUUCACAGAAUCUGGCGGGGCUUGGCUGAGCCCGAGAAGUAUGAGGAUGAAACUAAGGAGGAUGCAGAGCCAGGGGAUGAUGAUACCGAUUGGGCAGUUGCUGGUAUGGCUUUCAUGAGGGAGAUGACAAGGAGCGACCAUGAAGUUUUUCUUACCACCUCACUUGUUUUUCAUCAUUUUAUAUGCAUUGAGGACAAUGCAUGA